AUGGCCACUCCGCCGCCGGCGGAGGAGCUUCUGAAGAAGAUCCAGGUACUGGAGGAGGGUCAGGAGAAUCUGAAGCAGGAGAUGUCCAAGCUCCGGCAUACUUCGGAUGCUAAGUCGGAGCAUCCGAGGUCCCACUCUGUCUCGCCGCAGCGGUCCAGAUUCUCGACUUUGCCCAAGAGGAGAGUCGCCGGCGGCGGCGGCGACGCGGCGGCUUGGAAGAAAGGGUCUACCUCUUUUCGGCAUUCUUCGCCGCUGCAGAGGGAGAGCCGCAGCCAUGAUCCUCCCACUGGCGGCAGCACCGGCAGUGGUAGCGGGCCAUCGGCGGUGAACUUUACUGAUAGGCAGUAUCUGAAUAUAUUGCAGUCCAUUGGGCAGUCUGUGCAUAUUUUUGAUCCUCAUGGUCGUAUAAUUUACUGGAACAAAACUGCUGAAGCUCUAUAUGGUUAUUCGGCGGCAGAGGCCCUUGGACAUAAUCCCAUUGAGUUGUUGGCAGAUCCCCAGGACUAUGUUGUGGGACAUAAUAUAAUUGAUAGGGUCACCAAGGGGGAGAGCUGGACAGGGCAGUUCCCUGUCAAGAACAAAAAGGGGGAGAGGUUCUUAGCUACUGUGACGAAUACUCCAUUCUAUGAUGAUGAUGGCACUUUUAUUGGGGUUAUUGCCGUGUCAAGUGAUUCAAGGUCAUUUCAAGAAAUGAGGGUCCCUUUGUCAGGAGUGACGCACCCUGAACCAGAUUCAAGCUUCAGUCGUACUAAAGCUACUGUUACAACGAAACUUGGUCUUGAUCCUCAGCAGCCUCUGCAAACUGCAAUUGCAUCAAAAAUUACAAACUUGGCGUCCAAGAUGAGCAUCAAAGUCAAGUCAAAGAUUCGGGCAGGAGAAAACUAUAUGGAUCGGGAAGGUGGGAGCGUUGAUAGUCAUCAUUCUGAUCAUGGUUUGGACUUUGACCAUCGGGAGGAUGCAAAUUCAAGUGGGGCUAGUACACCUAGAGGAGAUAUAGCCCCAUCUCAUUUUGGUGUGUUUUCCCAGAUGGAUGAAAGGUCUCCAGGAAAACCCUCCAGAGAUUCUGGCGAUGAAAGUGAAGGAAAACCGCCAAUCCAUAAGGUAAUAUCGUCAAAGGCAGAAGCGUGGAUAGGUAAGAAAGGGAUAACUUGGCCAUGGAAAGGAAAUGAGCGAGAAGGGUCAGAGCCUAAGACCACUCGUUUUGUUUGGCCUUGGUUGCAUAAUGAUCAAGAUAAUGAUACAGUUCCUCAGAAGAGUAGUGGUGGUUUAAAACCUGACAAUCAUGGAAAUGAAAGUAAUCGACCUGCAACUAAUGAGGCUUCAGGAUCCUGGACUUCCUCGUUUAAUGUUAACAGUACAAGCAGUGCCAGCAGCUGUGGAAGCACCACCAGUACUGUGAAUAAGGUAGAUGUGGACACUGAUUGCUUAGAUUACGAAAUCUUGUGGGAAGACUUGAUAAUUGGAGAACAGAUUGGGCAAGGUUCAUGUGGAACUGUAUACCAUGGUCUGUGGUACGGAUCAGACGUUGCUGUUAAGGUAUUCUCCAGGCAGGAAUAUUCAGAAGAUGUGAUACUUUCCUUCAGACAAGAGGUAUCUCUAAUGAAAAGGCUUCGACAUCCAAAUGUUCUACUUUUUAUGGGAGCUGUGACUUCUCCCGAGCGUCUUUGUAUCGUAACAGAGUUCCUCCCACGUGGAAGUUUGUUCCGGUUACUACAAAGAAGCACAGCAAAACUAGACUGGAGACGACGUGUUCAUAUGGCUCUGGAUAUUGCACGAGGCAUGAAUUAUCUUCAUCAUUUCAACCCUCCAAUCAUCCAUCGAGAUCUGAAGUCUUCAAAUCUCCUAGUUGAUAAGAACUGGACUGUCAAGGUUGGUGAUUUUGGUCUUUCACGUCUAAAGCACGAAACAUUUCUCACAACAAAGACGGGGAGGGGAACGCCUCAGUGGAUGGCACCAGAAGUUCUACGCAAUGAACCCUCAGAUGAGAAGUCGGAUGUAUACAGCUACGGGGUGAUAUUGUGGGAGCUUGUUACUGAGAAGAUCCCUUGGGAUAAUCUAAACUCAAUGCAGGUGAUUGGAGCUGUAGGGUUCAUGAACCAAAGACUAGAGAUCCCAAAAGAUAUUGACCCGCAAUGGAUUUCUUUAAUUGAGAGCUGCUGGCACAGUGAUCCUGCUUUGCGGCCAACAUUUCAAGAGCUGCUGGAAAAGCUUCGAGAUCUGCAGAGACAGUAUGCCCUUCAAUUCCAAGCAGCGCGCUCCGCCGCAGGUGAUAGCACCCAAAAAGAACAGUAGUGGUCUUACUCUUUGUGUAUAGGAUUUCAUUACUUCAUUUACCACAUUGGGGAUGAAGAUAAAGCAGGCCACCGAUUGAGCUACUUGCACUUGUUAAUGACAAGUGGUAUUGCAACAACGAUAGCCACUGAGGGGUUUGUGGUAUUGGAACCACAGAAUUCAAAGUGAGAUGGAUUGUUGUGAGCUACCUAACUUUAGAUGGUGAUGGUUUGGUUGUGUGAUGCUUGUUUGCUCACUGACAUAAAAUUUAUCUCCAAAGUGGUGUUGUGUAGGACAGGCAGUCAUGCCUGUUUUGAUCAUGUCUCCCCAUUUUGUUGUUUUAUAUGAUGGGAAAGUUUCAGCACCACUUGGACAAAAUUGUUGUACAAAAGGGGGGAAAGAAGAUACUUCACUGUUAGUAUUCAGUUGAGUAAAUAUAGUGGAUCAAACAUUUUGCUUAUUUA